CGGGCUGCGCAGCCGGCGGCGGCUCCUCCGCUACCUGUGUGGCCCUCGGCCUGGCUCCGGUCCUCCGGCAGGCUGUGGGGGCUCGUUCCUCGGCUCCCCCAGGACCCGCCCACCCCCUUUAAGCGGAGUUUGAGUGGAGUGCGUGUGAGAGGCUCCAUCCUCGCUGCGGUCUCCUCUGCCCGGACGCAGCGGGGGUCGCGCCAUUUGUUUCUUUAAUUCCUGGAAGAAGGCGAGCUGGCCAGCUGUGCGGGGCAGGUGGAAUAAUUGUGGACUGAGACGCGCUCCGGCAGAGACUAUGUAAACGGCUCGGUGUCGGUACAGCGGACUGCGCUUCGGGGAGGGAAGAGGAGGGAUCGGCUCGCUUCUUUGCGUCUCGGCAGGCGGGGUUUCGCAGCGGCACCAGUUGUCGCGCCCGCCCGCCCGCGGGGAGGUCGCUCCAUCCAGCCCCGCCGGCCGCGAGAGCCCGAGCGCCGGAGCGCGGCAGUCGGCCGGGGUGAGGGAGAGCUAGACCCGGCUCCGGGGCGCAAGGGAGCGGGCCGGGGAGUCCCGGAGCAGGCGAGUGGCGGUCGCAAACCCAGCGGAGCGCGCCCCCAGCUCGCUCCAGCGGUGCGGCGGCGGGCGGCGUCCAGGCGGCAUGGAGAAGGACGGGCUGAGCCGCGCGGACCAGCAGUACGAGUGCGUGGCGGAGAUCGGGGAGGGCGCCUAUGGGAAGGUGUUCAAGGCCCGGGACCUGAAGAACGGAGGCCGUUUCGUGGCGCUGAAGCGCGUGCGGGUGCAGACGGGCGAAGAGGGCAUGCCGCUCUCCACCAUCCGCGAGGUGGCGGUGCUGAGGCACCUGGAGACCUUCGAGCACCCCAACGUGGUCAGGUUAUUCGAUGUGUGCACGGUGUCACGAACAGACAGAGAAACUAAACUAACAUUAGUGUUUGAACAUGUAGAUCAAGACUUGACCACUUAUUUGAAUAAAGUUCCAGAGCCCGGAGUGCCCACUGAAACCAUAAAGGACAUGAUGUUUCAGCUUCUCCGAGGCCUGGACUUCCUUCAUUCUCACCGAGUCGUGCAUCGUGAUCUAAAACCACAGAACAUCCUGGUGACCAGCAGUGGACAAAUAAAACUGGCUGACUUCGGCCUUGCCCGCAUCUACAGUUUUCAGAUGGCCCUGACCUCAGUGGUCGUCACGCUGUGGUACCGGGCCCCCGAAGUCCUGCUGCAGUCCAGCUACGCCACCCCCGUGGACCUCUGGAGCGUCGGCUGCAUAUUCGCAGAAAUGUUCCGCAGAAAGCCUCUUUUUCGUGGAAGUUCGGAUGUGGACCAACUCGGAAAAAUCUUGGACGUAAUUGGACUCCCAGGAGAAGAGGACUGGCCUAGAGAUGUUGCGCUUCCCAGGCAGGCUUUUCACGCAAAAUCUCCUCAGCCUAUUGAGAAUUUUGUAAGCGACAUUGACGAACAAGGCAAAGACCUACUUCUGAAGUGCUUGACAUUUAAUCCAGCCAAAAGAAUAUCUGCCUACGGUGCCCUGUCCCACCCAUACUUCCACGACCUGGAGAGGCGCAAGGAGAGCCUGGAUUCCCACCUGCCGCCCAGCCACAACAGCUCGGAGAUGAAUAUAGCCUGAGCUCCCAGCCGCGGCCU